UAAUUGUCUGUAUUUUUCUUUAUUUUGCAGCUUUACCAGGGAUCAAAAUUUCUUGAUUUUCCAAACUCUUGAGGAUUUCUCCCUUCCACCAUUGCCAUCUCUCUCUCUCUUCUCUCUCUCUCUCCUAUCCAGUGUAUAUAUAUAGGCACACAAACUCACCACCUCUGUGUCAGCUAAUCCCUGCAGCACCCUAAUGAAUUAAUCAAAUCCAUAUAUCAACUCAAAGGAAAUUCCCUUCAAUUCUUCCCUACUCUAAUCAUGACAGAACCUUACUAUAAUUUCUGGUUCAACUUCAGUUCCCCUCUCCACUCACACUACUAUUCCUCUUCUUCUUCUUCUUCUUCUCCAUCUUCUUCUUCUUCAUCAAACCCUCAUCACAGCUUCAAUCCUCCUCGAGAAGCCCUCCCCCUCCUCAACACCCUCAACUUCUCUCAAGAAUCAUGCGAUAUUCAUCCCAUAAAGCCCGAGAAACAUUGCAAUUGCGACGAGAAUGUGACGAUAGCCCUACAGAUAGGGCCCCCGAGCCCUAAUUCCGACCCCGCCUCCGCCUCCGGAGUUGGAGAAACUCCGGAGAAAGACGGCGCCGACAUACUCUCGGGGCUACCCUUGAACAGGCUCAACAUGGGCCAGUACUGGAUUCCCACGCCUUCCCAAAUCCUCAUCGGACCUACGCAGUUUUCCUGUCACCUUUGUUGCAAGACUUUUAAUAGAUACAACAAUCUGCAGAUGCACAUGUGGGGGCACGGAUCGCAGUACAGAAAGGGGCCGGAAUCCCUACGAGGGACGCAGCCGACGGCGAUGCUGCGGUUGCCGUGCUACUGCUGCGCGGCGGGGUGCAAGCACAACAUCGAGCACCCGCGGGCGCGGCCCCUCAAGGAUUUCCGGACCCUCCAGACGCACUACAAGCGGAAGCACGGCAGCAAGCCGUUCAUGUGCCGCAAGUGCGCCAAGCCCUUCGCCGUGAAGGGCGACUGGCGCACUCACGAGAAGAACUGCGGCAAGAUCUGGUACUGCUUCUGCGGCUCCGACUUCAAGCACAAGAGGUCCCUCAAGGAUCACAUCAAGGCCUUCGGCCGCGGCCACGGCGCCUACGGCAUUCCCACUACUGAUUUCGACGACGAAGAUGACUCCACCUCCGACAUUGAGGAUCACUCUCCCAACAUUAACAUUUAAUUCUUUUCCUCCAUCUUCUUUUUUAAUUAUAUGUUUAUAGCUUUUCUGUUUAUAUGCAUGCUGUGUUUCGGAGGUGUAUUUUGCAGUUGCAGUAUCUACCUUGUGCUGUAACAUUUUUUUUUUCUUUUUUCCUAUUACUACUACUUAGGCUCUCUUUCUCUUCUCUACAUGAGUUGUGGAAUUAAAUUGUAAAUGGCAUGGUUUGCUGUUUGUGUUGUAGUUUUGGUGUAAUGUCAUCAGGGUUUGAAUCUUGCCA